GGCUGGUACACUGUCGGAAGGAGGGGGGCUGUGAUUUACUAUUAAUCGGAUCGACGAGAUUUUGUGACCACAAACUGUACCUGAUAAGCUGCUGGCUGAGUUCUUAUGGAGCGGACGGAGUGUAGCUAUUAACCUUAUUUCAAAGUUUGCUUUUGUGCGGCUACAGCAGUGAAGUGCUUUGGGGUUUGAACACAGGCAGCGCUCGGUUUAAGAAAGCAACGCUGGAGUUUUCGGCACUAUUCCUGCGGGUCUUAACUUAUUUUACAACAUCUUCAGCUUUGCAGUGGACAUUAGAUAGCACCACCAGAAGUCACAGUGCACCCUUUUUGCUAGGUUUUAAAGAGUUUUGACUUGGCUCUGUUGAUCAACAGUUAGUUUGGGAGGUUUACGGGAGCACGGUGUCCUUUUGCUGCUGCAUGUUUUCAAACAUGUCACUAAAAGCAGUGAGCCUGUCGAGAACGUAGUUUCAGCCUUUUUUGGACGCCGUAGCCUACUUUUGGUGGUUAAUCUGUGAAUCACCUUUGGUUUCCAGCCCGCGUCGGAAAGCAGUGGACAAAGUUGGACCGGGGAUCUUGUGUCCUAAAUGACUGUAAAUGGGAUGAACAACCUUUUGCUGCACUGCCGUUGUUUAUACACUUCUCCAUGAGUCGGGCGGACAGUUAAUGUGCUGUACAUUAAUUCAGUGUCUCCGAAGCUACGUUAAUAUUCCAGUUUGUGGAUACAAGGAGAGACCUCAGCGGCCGCGCUAUUAAAGCUGGAUACAAAAUGGCGGCAUCCCUGGGACGAUUAGGAGACAUUUCUCGUUGUGUUAUUUAUUUAAUUUUAGUGGCCGAACUGUUUAAUAGUUAUGGAUUCUGUUCGGAUCUGCCGUGUGCCCAGAACUGUACCUGCAGCGGAGACUCGGUGGACUGUAGCAAUCUGGAGCUGACAGCUACGCCUCUGGACCUUCCAGCCCGGACUGUUUCCUUAAAUCUCGGCCACAACAAGCUGACCACCAUCAGUGUUGAAGCAUUUGACAACCUUCCCAACUUGAGAGAGCUGCGGCUGGAUCACAAUACACUGACCUCCAUACCGGACUUAGGACAGGCUGCUUCCAAGAUUGUAUCACUCUACCUACAUCACAAUAAGAUCGGCAGUAUUGUCGGAAGGCGGACCAGAGAGCUGGUUUCUGUGGAAACUCUGGACCUGAGCAAUAAUGACAUCACUGAGCUGCGAGGGCACUGCUUUCCUUCCGGUCUCCAAAUCAGAGACCUGUACCUGAGCAACAACAAGAUCAGCGUCUUGGAGCUUGGAGCUCUGGACCAUCUAGGCUCAACCUUACAGGUCCUGAGACUGAGUCGAAACCGCAUCAGCCAGAUCCCUGUGAAGGCCUUCCAGCUCCCGAGGCUCACCCAGCUUGAGCUGAACAGGAACCGUAUCCGUCAGGUGGAAGGUCUGACCUUCCAGGGUCUGUCCAGCUUGGAGGUGCUCAAGCUGCAAAGGAACAACAUCAGCAAACUGACUGAUGGGGCGUUCUGGGACCUGGCAAAGAUGAAAGUCCUUCACCUGGAAUAUAACAGCCUGACAGAGGUGAACAGUGGCUCCCUUUAUGGCCUGACUUCCCUUCAGCAACUGUUUCUCAGUAACAACUCUAUAGCCCGCAUCAAUCCUGAUGGAUGGAAAUUCUGCCAGAAGCUGAGGGAACUGAAUCUGUCGUACAACAACUUGUCUCGUCUGGAUGAGGGCAGCCUGGCUGUGCUGGGGGAUCUCCACACACUCCGUUUGGGCCACAAUGCCAUCAGCCACAUCACCGAGGGAGCCUUCAGAGGCUUGAAGGCCGUACGCGUCCUGGAGUUAGACCAUAACGACAUCUCGGGUACAAUAGAGGAUACCAAUGGGGCCUUCUCCGGAUUGGACAACCUCAACAAACUGACUCUGUUUGGAAACAAGAUCAAGUCGGUGGCCAGGAAAGCCUUCUCUGGGCUGGAGACUCUGGAACACCUGAACCUGGGACAGAACGCUAUUCAUUCCAUCCAGUCCGAUGCCUUCAGUAAAAUGAAGAACCUCAAAACUCUUCUCAUUCAGAGCGACAGUUUCCUGUGUGACUGCCAGCUCCACUGGCUGCCCGACUGGUUGGUGACACGUGGUUUGCAGGCUGGUAUCAAUGCCACCUGUGCCCACCCGGAGAGCCUUAAGGGAGCCAGCAUCUUCCAGGCUCCAUCUAGCAGCUUUGUGUGUGACGACCUUCCUAAGCCCCAGAUCACCGUGGAGCCAGAAACCACAGUGACAGUCCUUGGUAGGGACGUGCAUCUCACCUGUACGGCUGCGAGCAGCAGCUCCUCCCCCAUGACCUUUGCAUGGCGCAAGGACCAAGAGCUGCUUCAGCAUGCCGAGAUCGAGAACUACGCCCAUAUGCGUGCUCAUCACCAUGAUGCAACAUCUGACACACCAUCUGAUGAGCCUGGUGCAGGUGGAGGUGUGAUGGAAUACACCACUAUCCUGCACCUGCGGCAGGUCACCUUCACAGACGAAGGCCGUUAUCAGUGCAUUAUCACCAACCACUUUGGCUCCACCUACUCCAACAAGGCCCGUCUCAUCGUCAACGUUCUCCCAUCCUUCUUGAAGACUCCCAAGGACAGCACCGUCCGCACGGGCCACACAGCCAGACUGGAGUGUGCCGCAGAGGGCCACCCGGCACCUCAGAUCGCCUGGCAGAAGGACGGUGGCACAGAUUUCCCUGCUGCCCGUGAGCGCAGAAUGCACGUCAUGCCCGACGACGAUGUUUUCUUCAUCAUGGACGUCAAGCCAGAGGACAUGGGCGUGUACACCUGCACAGCUAAAAACACUGCUGGCACCAUUUCUGCCAACGCCACCCUCACCGUGCUGGAAACACCCCACCUGGCCCAGGACCUGGAAGAUCGGAGCGUGGUGGUCGGGGACACGGUGGCCCUGCAGUGUAAGGCCCUGGGCAGCCCACCUCCCCGCAUUACCUGGCUGCACAAUGACCAGCCGCUCGGCCCCUCUGACAGACACCACUUCACCCCAGGGAACCAGCUGCUGGUCAUCAGCGCCAUCUCGCUGGAGGACGCUGGCCACUACACUUGCCUCAUGUCCAACACACUGGGCACAGAGCGUGCUCACAGCCAACUGAUGGUGAUGCAGCGCCGAAGCCUCUGCACCCCGCCAUCAGGGCCAAGCACAGUCACUAUAGGUAUCAUUGUCAUCGCCGUGGUGACAAGUAUUGUGGUGACAUCACUGGUGUGGGUGUGUAUCAUCUACCAGACCAGGAAGAAGAGUGAAGAGUGCAGUGUCACCAACACAGAUGAGACAAUAGUUCCUCCAGAUGUGUCCAGCUACCUCUCCUCCCAGGGCACUUUGUCUGAGAGGCAGGACGUGUGUAUCCGUGUAGAGGCCGGCAGUGGACCUCAGCCCAAUGGACAUGUCAUAGAGACCACAGGCUUCGACGGUGCAGUAGUUUGUACAGACUGUAUGGAGAAUGACAACAGCUACUCCAGAGAUCCUGACUACCUUACCCACGGAUUUGGCCCUACUGGAGGCAUGGACUACCAGCAGCACUCAGUUCCCCCACCUCACUCUCACCAUUACCAUCACCCAGGGGAGCAGCACAGCGCAGGGUCACACACAACCCUACUUUGCAACGGGACACCCAACAGGAUCCAGAAGGACAUUCAGGGAUCUGCGCAUCCGAGAAACCACAAUACGUUACAACUGAACCAACAUAAUAGAAAAGUGAGCAGAGCGGACCAGACACAAGCGAGCUCUCCUUCACAACAAGAGUCCUUCCACAAGCCGGUGAAGCUGGUUGGCGUGAUGAGCCACAGCUGCCGUGACAGUGACUGUGAGCCUGAGCUCAGGCAGACUUUGCUGUCCAACGGACACACCCUCAGAGCCUCUCAGAAUGAGAGCGCCCCCCUAAGGAGAGCCAGUGACUAGGAAGCACUCCAUCAGCCCAAAACAUGGACUCACAGUAGCUGAGUGGAAUUUUAUAUUUUGCACUGGGAAAUAAACUGCUACCUCAUAUCGAGGCGAACGGUCUUGAGCCCUGUGGAUGUGGACUGACAGGGAGUGCCAGGAGGGGGAAAGGCAGGGGGAAGGGGGCAUCCGGGGAUUGAAGGUAGAGCUUGUGUGGGUGGCGUCCCAUCUGAGCGUAUCAGCUGUACAUAGUUAAAAACCUUCCGUUGGGAGGUGACCAAUACAAUUUCUAGCUCCAAAAAAUGUGAUUUGAUCUUGAAGCAUGUAAAUGUAGAGAAUCUUGUACAGUUUAUGUGCAGGAGGAGAAAAGAGAAAUAUACCUUUGGACAUUGGACUGUACAUAAGAGUUUUCUUAUAUAACUUUUACAAAGAGUAUUUGAAUUUAUGUGCAUGACAAAGAAAAGUGUGAUGGUAUUUUAUUUUUUCUUAACAUUCAGCUGCGGUGCCUUAUUGCAUGAUCAAAGAAAACUCAAUUUGUUAUAGCAUCUAUCAAGAGAGACACCGUCUUUACGGCAAACACUUGAUUUUUUCGAAAGCUGCCAACCGUGGCCUUACAUAAACACAACUCACAAUCAUUUUUGUUAUAUGAAAAAAGAGCUUUGAUGUCAGUUAACUUGGUAAGUCAGACGGUUCAUCAGCGGGACAUUUGUAAGUUAAAGCACUUUUUUUUUAUUCUCACUUCAUAAACAUGCAGAUUGUGCACACGAUAUUCUGCAAAUAGGAAUGCAGGAACCUCCUGUGUGUGUGUGGAGACAUUCCUUAUACACUGAGAGGACAAAAUAGGCUCUUCCACCUGUUUUACAGUACUACAUGUUAUUGCAAAGCUGCUCUCCUCUUGCCUGGAGAAAAGAUUCUUAUGUCACCCAGGUUAGAUUAUUUGUCCAAGAAAAGGACUUUUGCAACUGAAUGUGGUCAAACAUCAGGUAGCAGCUGUUACUUGGAGCUGUAUCAGUAUCUUUUCUAAAGCUUGAUUUAUGGUUUUGCAUUAAAUCUACACAGAACCUAUGCCAUAGGCUGUGCAAGUUACCUGCACUGUAUGGCCACCGAACCAACUCAGGCAGAAUGAGGGGGAUUUUCCAAACUUGUCUGGCCACCGAAAGACAUGAAUGAGGAAAUGUGACGCAACCAAUCGUAGUAGCUGUGCUCUGCGUCGUCACGAUGUGCAGUUGCAUUUCUGGACAGGUGUGUGUCAGGCUACAGCCUAGGGCAUGAGGCUACACAUUAUCUACGGCGUAAAUUCAACGUAGACCCAAAAAUCACGCUUUAAACUAUAAAAGCUAGUAAUGAUCUCAGUAUGGACACAGGAUGCCUGUCAUUUUCAAUUACGUACACUCAAGCGCUGACUGCUUUGAUAAUAGAUUCUUAAGUUUUGAGCUUAAAAAUAGGAGAGAGAGUCAGGGAGACUGAUGUUGCAUUGCCAUUAUAUUACUGCUGUAAUAUGCCUUGACAUCCACCGUGGUGCAUUCAGAAGAAAAUGGCCAGUAUUAUUGCCUCGGUCACCUCACCGUGCUGUGACAGUAAUGUUUUCAUCUCCACUACAGUUGAACGUUUUAUGUUUGAGGUACCUAAAGGUGCGCCUUCAAGCUGUGAACAGCUGGAAAACUUGUGAAAUGUGCUCUAACCAAACUUAAUGCAGUGGCAGGCUCCCCCGAACACUCCUGGAUACACUGGGUCAGCAAACAGAGUGGUUACACUCUAAUGUUUUCAUGUUUCCCCAGUGCACCCUCAUCUGAACUGUGCUCUGUUACUAGUGGCCUUAGUAAGGGAAGCUGGAGGACACACAACUCUGGUUACACCUGACCGCACCUAUCAGAGAAGAUCUUACCAGCAAGACCAAUCAGAGACCCCCAUUAGGAAGUCUGCCCCACUGUAGCCAGGAAGAUGGACAAGAGGGAGUAAGGUGCUGUUCAUGUUCUGAGUCAUUUUUAAAACAAACUCUGAAAGCGUUGCACCAGUGUCAAAGCUAAAACAGUGAAGUGUCUAACAUGACAUUUAAAUGUCUAAUAAAAAUCACAUUCUGCAAUUGUU